GUAACACACCUUCUCGCCAUUUUCACUGAGAGGCAGUCGUGUGUUCAGAAAACCAGGAUUGGACUCAGCAUAGAUACAUAAAUUGUAUUUUAGCACAAACAGCGUUUCGCCGGACGGAUAAACAGGACAUUUGUCAGUCCAAAACGGUCGCAACAUGUCGUCAGAAAACCUGGACUCAGACACUCAGAUUGACUACGAAGACGAAAAACAGGAUUCCCAGGAGAAGAACAGCAGUCCCAUCAAGUCUGAGGAAGCCAAGCUGAAAGCCAAAUACCCCAGCCUGAACCAUAAGCCUGGAGGCUCUGACUUCCUUAUGAAGCGGCUACAGAAAGGGCCAAAGUACUUUGACUCGGGGGACUACAACAUGGCCAAGGCCAAGAUGAAGAACAAGCAGCUCCCCGUGGCUGGGCCCGACAAGAACCUGGUGACCGGGGACCACAUUCCCACGCCACAGGACCUGCCCCAGAGGAAGUCCUCCCUGGUUACCAGCAAGCUAGCCGGCUAGCCUCCACGAUCUGAGGAACGCCCCCUCAACCAUCGGCCCCCCCCUGGGGCUCUUGAGAGCUGCUUGCCACCCCCUCACCUUCACUUCCCAAGAUGUCCGUCUUCUCACGCCCUCCCUUCUCCCCUCCUCAUGCUCCUCUUUCAUUUAUCUUCUCCCACUCCUCCCCCUCUCUCCUCUCCCUUCCCCUUCCUCCUCCUCCUCCUCUUCCUCCCCCGCUGAACCCCACAGGCACUCCUUGGCUUAACAUAUCAUAUUUAAGCUCCAUUUGCGUGUGUGUCUGUUUGGCAGUGUGUGUGAGUGAGUGGGAGAGAGGAGAUGCAUCUGCGACCCUACACUGUCCCUCUGACACACACACACACACACACACACACACACACACACACACACACACACACACACACACACACACUCCUCCCGUAACCGUUGUUCACAGUAGAGUGGCAUCAGGGGGUUGGAUGGGGUGAGUCAAUGCACUUUGUAUACUGUACAGUCAUUGUUUAUCGUUUCGAUGUUGUUUUGUUUGGUUUUUAUUUCUGGGGGAUUUGUUUUGUUUUGGAAUUGUUCUAAUUGCAUCCUCCAAGAUACCAAAAUGACUAUGUAUGUAUAAGGGGAGGGGCUGUUUACCUCGUGCACUCCGACGUCUUUGGGACGGGCGUCUUCGUGAUUCAAAUCCCUCCAGUUGGGUGGGAUUGGGGGGGGGGGCAGUGAGUGGAGAGUGUUAGGAUUAUUAUUGGUAGUAUUCUGUUACUUUUGUUUGUAAUAAUCGCUUGCAUACCAAAACCUGUAAGAGGCUGCUUAGUGGAGAGAUGUGUUCUGACUGGAAUCAUAGUGGGAAUGCUGUAGAAGAAACGGCCCGGGGCUCUCAUCCUAUCCUGUUUCGCCGACUCUCGUCGAUCAGAUUCACCUCCCGCCUCGCUCUCUGCAGCUCCCCCGAACAGGAGAAAGCCCCCCCCUAAUGUGUCUGUUGCCACUGCUCCUGUGUCUUCACUCCCUUUUGACUUUUAUCUAGAGAAAUCUGCAUGUAGUAAGAAACACACAAACAGAUAAGAAGUAACUAUUGAGGACUAGCAACUGGACGAUGUGAAUGCACAACUCUGCUGGGUCCUGGUUGGCCGUUUUCCCUUGCUGCCCUGACAAUCCAUAAACACACACUCUUCUUCUACGCUACCAAGGCAUUCCAAUUAGCUCUCUGUAUCCCAACUAAAAUGCUGCAGUGGAGAGGAAAGUGGAUGGUUCACUGAUAUUUGUUAACCUGUUUUUGGUGUUAUGGAUACGGAUGUGGCAUAUCGAUAACAUUAGCUGGUGUCACUUUCAAAAAGGUGUUACAUGUUUCCAUGGCCAGUUGUGCCGAUGAGAAUUUACUUGGAUGGGAGUUGUUCUGGACCACAAAUGCCACCAUUACAGUCCAGGAGUCCUGUGCUCUAUAGCUCAAGGUCGAACCGUGUAAGUAUGGAGUCCAAAAGUCCACUAGUUUGGCAUUGCUAGCCAUGCACACAGGUCCCUUUUUGGAAAGAAUCCAUCGCAUUAAUAAUAAGUACUAGGAUUGACUCUCGGUGAACUGUCCAUUUUAACUCUUGGUUUGGUGGCUUUUAUCACAUCAAGACGUGCGUCUGCUACGAGCGUAAAGAAUUAAUAGUGUGUGUACUUCUGUAAAUAUUUGAAGCGUUGUAAAUUAAUUUGUACAUCUUUACGGGCGUUCAGUUUGUCCUGAUAAGCGGUCCUUUAAAGAAUCUAAACCAUGCCCGGCUGUCCCGAUAGUGGUAGCUCCCUUAAUCCGGGAGUCUCCCUUCAUAAUCAGUGGUAGUAGUCGAAGUAUCCUGUGCACUCUAGCUAGAUUUAAGACCUUUUAUCCCUAUGUUGUUUUUUUUGCCCCUGCCCGAUACACUCCUCAGCUCGCCGCUCUCGCCUCUGCGACCCGCGGAACACACAGGUUCUCUGAUGUCACCGCAACAGCACACAUCACAACAGGGGGUCCAGUUUUAGCGCCGAGUAUGCGAUCGUGACCGCAAGGCUUAAAGUAGACCACUGCAUGCUCGCAGGGAUACUCUCUUGGCGAGGCCCAAGGGAUUCUAUGACAUGAGAAGGGAAGGAGGGCCGUCUAGGAGCAUGGCUGGGACCUAUGCGUGGCAAGACAUUGGUUGAUAAUAUGCUUCAAAAACCCGGACGGAUAGAGAGGUAAAGUGCUCCAAUGUAUCUGCAAACAACUAUGAAUGCAUGCUGCCCACAGCCUCCAAACCGCAGGACACCGGUUAUCUCCAAGUAUUGCCCCAACUCCACCCCCACCCGUCCGUCUUAUCUUCAGGGCACGGCCAUGAACCCCCACUCUACCACCACGUAGGACACCGUAGAACUUGGGGGCAUGCACCUUUGGACCUUGCCAAUCAUGUCUUCUCUCUAGGACUUUUGAAUUGUGUCAAAUAGCGGCGAGUGGAGGGAAAAGCGAAAUGUUAAACGGGAGGGCUUUAUUGGAGGUCUGAAUGUGCUGCCGAUUCUACACUGUUAGUAAUACACUAUAACCGGGAUAGGUUGGUUCAAUUUGUUUUAUUUUUUUCUCCACUACUUUCACUUCUUCCCCAUGAGCUGAUUUGUGGUUCCCCUCCCCUCCACUUUCAGCGAGACACACCGUUUCUGCUUUCUGAACAGCAGGGGCUCUGUGAAUGGCUUUCUCACAUGAGUGUGUGGGAUGUGUAGUUCUGUACAUGCUGCUGCUGCUGCAGAUGUGGCUGACAGCCAAUUUUGAGCAACACCUGUAUCCUCUAUUUGUACCCGUCAAACCCAUAUUCUCUCCCGAGUCUCUUAAUCCUCCUGCCACGUGGUUCAGUCCCUUCUCUAAGCGAAAGUGACAAUAUAGGAAAUGGAAGUUCCACCCGUGGAUCUCUGAUUUCGAUUCAAUUUUCAAUUUGAUCCCAUCUGAUCUGAGUAGAAAUUACACAACUCCCUCACUGCCCAAUCUUCACAUCUGAUCACCGGAAUUUAUAACGUUCAAAAGCGAAAACUAUUAUUACAUACAAAAGGCUUCACGAUUACUGGGGCAGGAUUCUCGAAUGCUACUACAUGUGGACUGUUUGGCUUUGUACGAAACAAUUCCAUUAGGCAGGGGGAUUGUGGGGUAUGUUUAAAUACCAAUGUCUUAUUUCCUGUUCAAAUUGAAUUAACGUGCCAGAAAUGUAAAAAUAAAUGACAGACAAUGUGCUUUGAGGUACCUUGUGCUGCUUUUACCUGAUCUGUGUUCAUGUUGUUUUGCCUUUUAUGAGUAAACAUCUAAUUUUUUUCAGGCGUUCUCUUAUUGUGUGAUUCCUAUAUUUUUUAUCCCAUGAUAUAUGCAGGGAUUUCUACUGAUAAAUUAAUGAGGAAUAUAUGAUAACUAGGAUGUCUUGAGAACGCAGGAAUGAUUUUAAGAAUUUGGGAGGUGCAGGGCUAAUCAGAAUGUUUUCCUUUGUCUUUGGGACAAAGAUCCGGAGUUCUGUCAGUAUUUGAAAUAAACUUUUACAUUGCGA